AUGAAAGACAUUCACAAGAAGCCUUUACCAAUAGGCUACAGUUGGCGUUCGUCAAAAUGGUUCAUUCUCUCUACCGUCGCGAUCGCGCUGUUUGCUGAGACGUUCCUUUAUGGCUUUCUAGUUCCUAUCCUUGGUGAAAUGCUCCAGAAUCGCCUGGAUGUCCAGCCAUCCAAAGCUCAGCAGUUGACCUCUGCCGUUCUUGCCCUCCAUGGUACUCUGGCUGUGAUCUCGGGCCCUAUUAUCGGUCAUUUCGCCGAUAAAUACCAAGAUCGCAAGACCGCACUAUUACUAUCUCUUGGAUGGUGUAUUAUCGGCACAUGCAUGGUCGCCAGCGCUCACUCAGUCCCAAUGCUACUGUUAGGCCGUGUGAUGCAAGGUAUUGCGGGGUCUGCUGUGUGGAUUGUCGGCUUUGCAACAGUCGCCGACACUAUCAGCCCGAGCCAUAUAGGAUUCGCAUUGAGCAUGAUGAUGUCUUGCGCGAACACCGGGACAAUCAGCGGGCCUUCAAUUGCUGGGUUGCUUUUGGAGGCUACUGGUUACUGGAUAACAUGGUCGGUCCCGCUUCUGGUCCUGACCAUAGACUUCAUUGCACGCGUUUGUAUGAUCGAGAGUCCAGCUAGUCCUCCCUCUACGCCCAAGGACGGUCCAACAGAGACCGAGAGUCUGCUUCCCUCCUCCGAAGAACAAAUUCCACCGACAAUCGGAAAUUUCUGGCAUAUAAUGCUAUGCAACGGUCGUAUCAUAACUUGUCUGCUGAUUAUAGUGAUGGGUACAACUAUGAGCACGAGUUUCGAUGCCACGCUUCCUCUCCACGUUGAAGAGAAAUUCGGAUGGGGUCCCAGUGCUACUGGACUCCUUUUUGCUGGCCUUGUCGUUCCGGGUGUUUUGAUCGGCCCUCUUGCUGGUUGGGUCCGUGAUCGAAUCGGAACACGAUCACCUACGGUGGUCUGUGCCAUUCUCGAGGCAGUCGCAUUUGGCCUAAUGGGUAUUGCUGGUAGCGAUAUUCCUUGGGCGAGUGCCUAUGCUAUGGGCAAACCGCUCUACAUAACCUCUAUCGUGGCUGUAGGCACAUUGCGGCCAUUUGUGUCUGGUAUCGCGCCUGUCGAACUGGCGGCUACUGCUAAAGCAAUUCAGGAAAAGUCCCCAGGUAUUUUCGGGCCUAAAGGAGGCAUGUCACGCGUAUUCUCUAUGAUGGAUGUUGCUGCUUCCCUCGGUAUGAUGCUUGGUCCAAUCCUAGGUGGUUUGCUGAAGGAAAUUAUCGGCUAUAAAUGCAUGAGCUGGACUUGGGCUCUCUUAUAUUUGCUCCUUGCUGCUGCUGCAAUGUGCUUCUUACGAUCUGAGAGCAUUGAUACAACGCCGCAUUCCGAGGAAGAGGGGUAG